GGCGUCCCUCUCCGAGCAGCUGCAGGAUGUGCGGAGUCAGGCUGAAGUGUGUCUGUAUUCUGGGGGCAGAGUGAUGGAUCUGCGGGCUGGGGUAGUGGCCAUGGCUAAUCUGCCCUUACCACCCUGCUCUAAAUACCACCACAUCGCUGCAGAAACGAUGGUCAUAGAGAACAGCUUUGGCAGCAACAGGAAGGAGACUCUUGGAUCUCUUCAGCGCUUAUCUACAGCGCUCAACAUCCUCGAAAAGUAUGGCUGUAAUCUGACAAAUCCCAACAGGCCAAAGUACUGGAGGACUGUAAAACACAACAACCCAGUGUUCAGGGCCACAGUUGAUGCUAUCCAGGGAGGACGCGCUGUGCUCUGUCUCUAUGGUUACUCUAAUCAGCAGCCAGACGGACUCAGUUUCCCUGAUGAUGUUACAGAUCCUGAUGUGGGCAGAGUUGCUGCAGUAACUCUGGAAGUGAUGAGCCUGAGAAUGGAACUAGAAAUGCUUAUCAAGGAGGCUCAUCCCCAUCCUGAAUUCUAUGAGAGAAUCAUUCCUACACUCAGACACAAGGAUGUGGGACUCAACACUGAUGCUGUGAUCUCGUCAUGCCAUGCAGCCAGCCAGACCAAGUCUCUAGCUGUUUCCCUAUACCGUCGAUCCUCCAGGGAGAGCAACCGUAGCCACUCGCUCUCUGCCAAAAACCAAAGCCUUAGGUCCAUUCAGGUCUUUUCCACCUUCUCAAGCAAACAUCCAGAGAACUGCGCUAUUUGUGGAAUAUUUCGCAUCUCAGCCCACUGCCUCACCUGCCUCCAGGGGCUGUGCUCAGACUGUGACAGACUGUAUCAUUCCUACCCUGAGAGAGCCAACCACCAUCGAACAGCUGUCACGUCAUCAUCUUCAUCCAAAAACAGGAGCAGUGACGGUUCUUCCACCUGGCGUUGCCUUCACUGCACUAAAGUCAACUCUAUCCAGGAUGUGCUCUGUGAGGAGUGUGAGCAGCCUCGCUUGGAACCCCUCAGCCCUAAAGAAGAUGAAUGUCAGCCUGCUACUAUCAUCGAGUGGCAGUGUAAGAGCUGCACUAUGGUGAAUGCAGCCAGUAGUAUUCUGUGUGAGGUUUGUGAACGACCUCGUUUGGCGACACGACCUCCGGUGACCCUGUCACACCCACCCAUAACCCCACCCAGACCACCAGCACCAGUAUUGGGGAUGCCCGGUGACCCUGACAGUCAGGUUAGAUGUUGGGUGUGUCAGUUCUGCACCUAUCUGAACUACUCUCCGGCUAUGGUGUGUGAGAUGUGUGACCUGGCUCGCCCAGAGCCUGCACCGCUGCCAGUUAAGCUCCGCCCCCCCUCUCCUGUUAGACGUGUCCCUGCUCUGCCGAUCAAACCGAAGGAACCUGCUCCUGAAGAUCUGGACUCCUGGAGGCAGAAUUUGAUAAAGGAGGAGGGGCUAAAGCUGAUUCAACUAAUCAGACAUGGGGAGAAGAAAGGAGUGAGUCCAGAGGAAGUAUACACAAGCAUGAGGGUAGCUGGGGACAGCAACAUCUUGCCCUGCAAGUGGUUAAAGACUGAGCUUCCCCUGCUGUUAGACCAGAUCAGGAUGUUGGUGGCGACAUCCUCCCUUCAGUCAUUUUCUGAUAAGACCCCAACUGAAGACAAGAAUAACAUAACACGGGAUCUCACCAAGGAGGCUGGCAAAGUGGUAGAUCUUGCAGAAACAGAAAGUGUGAUCCAACUUUCCAGAGCAGAAGCCAAGCAAGCCUGGCUUACAGCAGGGGGUGACACAGAGAGAGCUGCCAGACAAGCUCUGAGAGACAGACUCGCCAAGGUAAAGGAGCUGCGUGCACUCGGCUUUAGUGAUGAAGCUCGCUGUCAUGAGGUUUUAUGGCAGAGUGGUGGUGAGGUAAGGGGAGCCUUGGUGUUGCUACAGCGACCACUUCUGGAGCCCUUCCACAAACGCAUCUGGAGUGAGAAACCUGAGCCUCCUGUUGAUAUCCACCAUCCUGACAAGCAGCGUGUAUGUCGGUGGCUACUAGCAGUCUAUGAUCUACCCAGCUGGGGUCGCUGUGAGCUGGCGCUAUCACUUCUUCUGGAGCACAGUGCCCCCUAUUCCCUAGAAGAUGUGGUGCAGGCAGUACAAGAGUCCCACGACAGGGAAUUUAUCAAGCGAGUGCUCGCUAAAGAAUGUCCCAUCUGCCUCUCAGUUUUCCCUCACAGCAAAAUGCAGUCUCUCACGUCGUGUCAGUGCUCCGUGUGCUGUGGUUGUUUUCAGCAGCACUUUACCAUCGCUGUAAGGGACAAACACAUCAGAGACAUGGUGUGUCCAGUCUGUUGGGAGCCUGACAUCAAUGACCCCGAACACCUCAACAGCUACUUCUCCACCCUGGACAUCCAGCUGCGAGAGUGUCUAGAGCCAGAAGUCUACGAGCUGUUCCACAAGAAGCUGACAGAGCAGGCUUUAAUCAAGGACCCCAAAUUUCUCUGGUGCUGUCACUGCUCAUAUGGAUUCAUCUAUGAUGGAGACCAGUUGAAGGUCACCUGUUUUCAAUGUCGAAACAGUUUCUGUGCUCACUGUAAAAAGCCUUGGGAGUCUCAGCAUGCAGGUCUGUCCUGUGAACAGUUCCAGUCCUGGAAAAGAGAGAAUGAUCCAGAAUAUCAGAGACAGGGCCUGGCUGGAUACCUCAGAGACAACGGCAUCACUUGUCCUAACUGUCGCUUUCAGUAUGCCCUGUCUAAAGGAGGCUGCAUGCAUUUCUGCUGCUCACAGUGUCGUUACCAGUUUUGCAGUGGCUGCAACAACCCUUUCCACACUACCUGUGCAGUGGACCAGUGCACGGUGUCUGGACUGCAUGCCCAUCAUCCUAGAGACUGUCUCUUCUAUCUGAGAGACUGGGAACCAUCCAGGCUGCAGGCUUUGCUCCAGAAUAAUGGAGUAGCCUUCAACACUGAACCUCCCCCUGGAACUCAGACAGAUCUGUGUGGAGUAAUAGAGCAAAAAGAUGAGGGCGGGCAGCAGUCAGAUGCAGCCUGUGGAGCUCAGACCCAACCUGGACAUGCUGGACUCUGCGAGAAGCAUUACCGGGAGUACUUGGUGAGCCUGAUCAAUAGCCAUUCCAUUGACCCAGCACCCCUCUACAGCUCCAACGAGCUGCUGCUGGCCUGCAGGAGGUACAAGGUAGAUGACACCCACACGGACGGGGAGGACACCUUCACCUACUACACCAGGCUUCUUGAGAAACUGAUGGAUGAAGUACCGCUCGGUGAUAAGGUGCCACGAAAGAAGUAGAGAAUGCUCAGUUCCUGUUUUAUAUCAUUUGUAACAUUAACAUUAACAUUAACCGUUCAACUUAAAACUCAGCAACAAGACAAGAUGAACAAGAAGAUCCAUGUUUUUCAGGUGGACAAUUUAUUAAUGUUCACUUAUACCUCUGUGAUAGUGUAAAUAAAUAGUUUGAUUUUGUCAGAAAACCACAUUUCAAAAUCGAUGUAUGUGGGCUGGAACAUGAGACAACCUCUGACAAAAUCAUUUAAAUCAAUUUACAUUUCUUUUGUGUAAAAUUGUAGAGCAACAACUCAUUUCUUUACAUUUUUCUUCCGUAGAGACAGACUUUCUUGAGCAAUAGUUCUUCAGGUUUUCUCAAGUUUUUUCAAAGUUUGGAUGUUGCCUCAUUUUCAGAGGAAUAUUUGUUUGUUUGGUAAGUUAUUUAACACUGACCUAUAACUCAUAAAAAAUGCUCCUAACUCAAGAGAUGAACCAGUGAUGUGUCUUCACAUAUCAAACAACAUCACAAAGAAAUCAAUUUUAAAUCGUAUUUGUAGGCACACUUGCAACCUUCCAAAAACACACAGUGUGUUUCCCCUUCUUUAGGUCUGUGAAAAAUGCCAAAGAUAUCACAUUUUGACAGGCAUAGAAUAAUAUUUCUGUACCAACAAGGUGAUUUCUAAAGAACAGCAUCAUGACCAAGGGAAUUACAAAAGAAGAAUUGUAAAAGAAAAACCUGUCUACAGCAGAUAAACAACAUCUAAAAAUCAUGUCCUGAAGAAGGAGGAAAAAUCUGUCAAAGCUCCGACACAGUAACUGAGUGAUUUACGUGAUACAACUUGUUACUCUUAAGGAAGGGAAACAGAGAAAAGGUUGCAGUAUGCCAAACUACACAAGAACCGGACUGAAAAUGAGUGGCAACAGGCCUUAAAUCAUCAUCAAUAUGGACAGAGGAUAUCAGAGAGGUACAGUAGUGAAUAUCAACGGAGUUUAGGUCCAAAAGCUGCGUUUCAGCUUUUGGACUUUGAAGCUCGUUAGAAUUGUACAGAGGCUGCUUUUGGCUUCCAUGUGUGUUUCAGUACGUUUCAAAAUCAAAAAUCACUGCACUUGCUCCCAUUUUCCUCGCAAAAUUCAAAGAAAUGAGUUGGUUUGAGACAUUUACACAGUGCUGUACACUGAGGCUUUGCUUCUUCUUUUUUCCUCAAAUGAACAGCCAGUAUUUCGGCUGGAUCUUUUUAUUUUGCCAACCAAAUAAAACAAAACUUUCCUCUUUUCUCAAGCUCACUGUUUCACUCCCCAGCUGUGAAACGUAGCCUUACUUAUAUAAUACGCAGAUAUGAAUACAAGGGCAAAUACUUUUAUUUUAAAUGGGCUUCAGCAGCAAAUGAAUCACUAAGGUAGCAAUGUAUUUUUUUGUUUUACUACGUUGCCAAAGUUCAUUGAAAGAUGUAUUGAAAUCAGUUUGACUAUAACAUUGGAUUUGUUAGGAGCAAAUUAACAUGUCAUUGAAAUUUUAAGUCCUUGCAUCACUAAGUAAGCUCACAUUAUAAGGUUAAGAGCCAAGAGAAUAAAAGUUGUCCGCUCUGCAGGGAUGAAAAGAAAUGAAGGGCUCUAAACUCAGAAUGCACAGGUGACUGCAUGUUUUGCAAAGGCUGUUACUGCAGAAAGCAAACAAGUUCUAUUGAUGCAUAAAAAUUCAUCUUUUGUUUCCUUUCUUAUAAAAUGCUGGAAUUUCCACAACUUUGUUUUUACUGGCCAUUUGAGAUUGUUAGGUUGCAUGUAAAAAUAAUAAUGCUUACACUUGACAGAUAGAUAAUAGUUUGACCAAAUUAAUAACAUAUUGGGAGUUGAAAAGGUAAUAAGCAAGAACAUAAGUCCCUGUGUAAGUGUAUUGUGUCAUUUACUGUGUCUAAUAAAACAUUAAUAACAUGA